UUUCUUGUGCAGGUGAGUUAUGAUGGGGAACUUCAUAAGCAUCCACAUCUGGAAGCUGACUUGGCAGCAGUGAGAGAAAUCUAUGGGGCCAACGCUGUAUCUCUCAGGGAAUACGGAGCAAUUGAUGAUGUGGAUAUUGAUUUGCAUAUUGACGUUAGUUUCCUUGAUGAAGAAAUUGCUGUAGCGUGGGAUGUUAUCCGCACAGAGCCGAUUGUAAUUCGCCUCCACUGUUCUCUCACACAAUAUUUAAAUGGCCCAGUGCCAACGGUCGACGUCUUUCAGAUAUCUACAAAGGAAAAGUUUGGUUUGGGACACCAGUUAAAAAAGAUCAUGCAGACUUUUGUGACGCAGCAAUGGAAGCAGAGCAAAGAAAAAUCGAAUUGUUCGCACAAGAAGAUGUCGGAGAAGAAGGUGAAGUCUCCACUGCACAUUUUUUCUACAUUGCGCAGGUCGCCAAGUUAUCCCCCUCCUGGAUGUGGUAAAAGCAAAGUAAAGCUGAAAUCUGAGCAGGACGGUAUUUCCAAAACUCACAAACUCCUGAGAAGGACUUGUUCUAGCACAGUGAAACCCGAAGACAUAUGUAAUCCAAAAUCUCACAGGAACUUUGGUCGCUCACUGUCCAGUGACCCCAGGGCGGAACAGCCGAUGGGUUUGAAACCACACAAACUUUUGAACCGCCAGUGUUCUACAGCCAUUAAGCAGGAGGAAUGCAUCUCCCUGAAACAACAUAAACUCUUAACUCGUUCUUGUUCUGGGGACCCCAGAUGUGAGCACAACAGCACCUUGAAGCCACAUAAACUUUUAAGCAGGUCUUAUUCUAGUAAUCUUCGUAUGGAAGAGUUAGACGGACUUAAGAACCACAAACUACUCAGCAAGUCCUGUUCCAGUGCCCCUAAAGCAUCCAAAAUGGACCUUUUGAAGGAACCUAUCGCAGAGGGCAGGAGGCUCUCUCUUACCUCAGGGCUGAUUGGUAUAUUAACGCCAGCUGCAUCAUCACAACCUGCUCCUACCAAUAAUGCAAAAUGUGUGCCAGCACGAGCGCAUGGAUUUCUCGUACAGACAAUAGAGUUUGCUGAGCAAAGAAUACCUGUGCUCAACGAGUACUGUGUGGUUUGUGAUGAGCCCCAUGUUUUUCAAAAUGGACCAAUGCUGAGGCCCACAGUGUGUGAAAGAGAGCUGUGUGUAUUUGCUUUUCAAACAUUAGGUGUAAUGAAUGAAGCCGCAGAUGAAAUCGCCACUGGUGCUCAGGUUGUAGAUCUGCUAGUAUCCAUGUGUCGGUCUGCUUUGGAAUCUCCAAGGAAAGUUGUUAUAUUUGAGCCAUAUCCUUCGGUGGUAGACCCCAAUGAUUCUCAGACCCUGGCCUUUAAUCCCAGAAAAAAGAAUUACGACAGAGUUCAGAAGGCACUAGACAGCAUCGCUUCUAUCAGAGAGAUGACUCAAGCACCUUAUUUGGAAAUCAAGAAGCAGAUGGAUAAGCAAGAUCCCCUGGCCCACCCUUUGCUGCAAUGGGUGAUUUCAAGUAAUAGAUCUCAUAUUGUGAAAUUGCCAGUUACCAGGCAACUGAAAUUUAUGCACACCCCUCACCAGUUCCUACUUCUCAGCAGUCCACCAGCCAAAGAAGCAAAUUUCAGAGCUGCUAAAAAACUCUUUGGGAGCACAUUUGCAUUUCAUGGCUCGCACAUUGAAAACUGGCACUCCAUCCUGAGGAACGGAUUAGUAGUAGCUUCCAAUACAAAACUGCAGCUACAUGGUGCCAUGUAUGGAAGUGGAAUAUAUCUUAGCCCUUUAGCAAGCAUAUCGUUUGGUUACUCAGGGAUGAACAAGAAGCAGCAGAAAGUAUCAGCCAAGGAUGACCCACCGUCAGGCAGUAAAAGCAGUAGUACAACACAGUCACAGAAAAAAGGACAACAAUCCCAAUUUUUGCAAAGCCGUAACUUGAAAUGUAUAGCCUUAUGUGAAGUUAUCACUUCACCAGAAUUGCACAAACAUGGGGAGAUAUGGGUCGUUCCCACUACCGAUCAUGUCUGUACACGGUUCUUUUUUGUCUACGAAGAUGGUCAAGUAGGCGAUACAAGCAUCAACACACAAGAGCCAAGUAGCUAUAAAGAGAUUCUUCGAGUCAUCGGUAACCAAACAGCUACUGGAUAA